AUGCCGAGUGUGGGCGGCGAGCCGAGCAGUGGCACAGAGUACACGUCGGGAAACGACAUCUGCGGCGUCUGCUUCACCACAAUCCACCCUGCUGAUAACCCGCGCGGGCAACUCAACUCCUGCAGUCAUGUCUUCUGCGCCUACUGCAUCAGAGAAUGGGCGCAGAGCACAAAUGUCUGCCCUCACUGCAAGGCCCGUUUUACACGCAUCACCUCUGUGGAUGCGGCCGGAAACGAAGUGGUCACAAAGGUGCGGAAGCGGAACUACAGACUUUGGGAGGAGGAGGAAGAUGAUGACGGGGACGGAAACAACGGUGACGGCGGAAGCAAUGAAGUAUCGGCAUCUAACUUUGUCGUCUGCAAUGUCUGCGGCCAGAGUGACAAUGCCUUUCGAAUGAUUCUCUGCGACCGUCGGCAGUGUCAGUAUACAGUGCACCUCGACUGCGUGCACAUGGUGGAACGGCCAGCGGAGUUCUUCUGCCCAGAGUGCGCCCUCCUCCGCGCAACACCACCACCUGCAGAAGCUGAAGCCGCUGGUGGAAAAAAUGAAGAGGCGCAGCAACAGAAGAACGUCUCGAGUGUGCCGCAACCAGUGCCACCGUGUCCGAUGCAUUCGAAGAAGAUAUUGAUGCCUCCACCGGUGUGUCUGCGACAGACGCUGGACGCUGGUGCUCGACGGCAGUCGGUUUUGCAGCAGCAGCACCAAAUUCGUGUGGUGGCACCUGCUGCUCCCGCACCGCGCUCCUCCCAGAGGCGUGAGGACACAAGGGAGGCAGUUGCAGCGGUGGUCAAUGAGGGUAGCGAGAUUGACCGUGCGGCACAGGCCGCCAUGCAGCAGUUCCUCAAGCGCCAGGAAGAGCGCGACCAUUACGUGAACCUUCGGCGGCAACGCCAGGCCGAUACGCUGCAGUGCGAUGCAGUCUUGGUUCAACACGACUCGAGGAGAUGGAAGCGGCCACGCAGCAGCAACACUAGCAGCGGUGCUGACUAUGCAGAAACAGAAGCGCUGCUGGAUCCUGCCACACGCCGACGUGAGGAGGAUCGUCUUGCACGGCGCGUCGCCAUUGAACUGCUGCCUGUUCUUCGUCGUAAUCAAAUCAUCCAGGAGAAUCGGCUGCAGUUUGACAGCAAUGGGGGGAUUUUGGUUGGCGCGUUGUCGAUGGAGUCGGACGAUGCGCAGCGCGAUCGGGAACUGUACACACACGCCAUGACGGAGGCCAGGCGUAUAGCACGGGAGCGUAUCGAUGCCAAGGUGGCUAAUGCACGGCUAAGAAAAGAGCGUCUGCUUGCCGUGCAGGCGCAGCGGGAGGCCGCCGCGUUGGCAAAGCUGGCGAAGAUUGUUGCCGCUCACCGUGUCCAGUCAUGUCAUAACUGA